UAACCUGGAGGCAACCAACAGCUGUCGAACACUACAUGUCCCACUGAGUCAUGGCUCCGUAUCCAGGAAGUUGUUCCCGGUUACCAAGUAAACUUUUGUCUGUUUAGACCGCCUGUAAAAUGUAUUGACAGGACUAUUCCUUACUUCAGCCAGCAGUGAGAAAUGAGUGUGUGCCGUGACUCUGUGGUCCAGGAGGUCCGGCCUGGUACAGGACGGAUUCAGGUGACUGAGCUGAGCGGUUCAGGGUGCAUCAACCCAACUCCAGCCCCUAAACCACAUAAAGACCCUGACGAAGCACUGGGACCUUACCUUUCUCCAGAAAGAUUGGAACUGCUGUGUGGAACCCAUGACCUUUCUUGUGUGAACUAUUUGGAGGUCUGCGUAGACACACAGGAAAAUACGCUGGGGGACUUUGGUGCUUACUUGCCCAGAUUAGAGCAGCUGAAAAUGAACAACAGCUUGAUCCCAUCCCUGAGAGACCUGGGAACCACCCUGUCCCACCUGCAGGUGUUGUGGAUGUCUCGCUGCUGCCUUCAAGACUUGAAUGGCAUUUCUACUCUCUGUUCUCUUAAGGAGCUCUACCUAGCCUACAACAAUGUGUCCGACCUAAGUCAGGUUGCCAUGCUAGAGAACCUGCGGCUGUUAGAUCUGGAAGGAAACUGUGUGGAUGACCUUAUCCAGAUUCAAUAUCUGAGUUUGUGUCCCAAUCUCCAUACUCUCUCCCUGGGGGGGAACCCUGUUUGCGCACACCCUAACCCUACUUCCCUUCAGGUUGAAGAGUAUAAUUACAGAGUAGCAGUGAGGGAGUUGGUCCCUCAGUUGCGUUACCUAGAUGAUAUCAAGGUGGAGGAGGACAGGUUGACCUGCUGUAGCAUCACGGGGGAAGACUGGGACAUUCUCAGAAUUUCUAUUCAAGGGUCCCACUCCUCUGAGACUGCUGAGAAGAUGGCAGGCCAUCUACAUCCCUAUACACUCACUACUGGUCCUUCAGGUGCAAGACCUAUUUCAUCUGCAGGCACCAAAUCCAUAUUGGCAACCAGGCAUAGAGUUCUUUCCCCUCCCGGAUCAAGAGCAGCAUCUUCAGAUUCCAAUCUAGCAGCAGUGGAAGCAGAAACCAGCACCCUUACGCAUGGAGCUGGCCAGAUCCUGUUUUGUGGAAAUCCUGUGCAGGCUGUUCGGGCAAGGAGAGAAAAGUUGAAGACAGCCCCAACCAGAUCCUCUUUGACCCCUCAUGACCUUCCCAUCCAUGUGCCAGAACACACGUAUGACCUAGAGGAGCCCGGACCUGGAGAACGUGUCAAUGUGUUCGCAGAGCUGAGGGCCUGGAGGGAACAAUAUAGCAAGCAUCUAGACAUUAUAGAGAAAGAGCGAUUACCACAGAUCCUGGAUAUUCACUCUGGCGAAGAAGAGACGAAUAGUGAGGAGGAAGAAGAAGGCUUAGGUGGUAUGAAGCACUACAGUAGUGAUGAAGAACAAGAAGAAGACCAAGUCUGUGACAGCUUAGAUACUGGCUCACCAGAUUCAUCAUUUCAGUCUCUUUCCCCAGACUUGAAUCAACAAGAGGCCUGUUCCCCCAACUCAGCCCGACUAUCCCUGUCUCCAGACCCCAUGGUUUCUCCGUCUCCUCCUUCUCAUGCCACUGCAGCUCCGGCUAACAUGAAGUUACCAGGGAUUCGUGCACACAGACUUUGUCUCACUCAGUCCCACUCAGAACAAUUCAGCAGAAAAGGUUUGGCUCCUCGAACAACUGCAGCAAAAACAGACCUCAUAUCUGAGAGACUCCAGCAUUUGUCAAGGACCACUUACUUACCCCACCCACCUUCAAAAAGUUCCCCACAUGAAGAAACAGUGAUUUCAAGUGCAGAUAUGGACAUGUACAGUCUACCUUUGAAGAGCAAGAUGUCAAAAGUCCCUAAGAGACCAAUAAUAACCCGCCCUCACACCGCUAAAGCCGUUCUUCAGAAACAUCACCAGCAGCAUCUACUCCCACCCUUCAGAGGAAGCCCUAACCUGGACUGACACCAGACUGGCCUGCUUUUCAGGCACUAGGCCUCCUUAUCUUUUUUCAGUUUGUACAUCCUUUAUUCAGCUCUAGUUGAUUUAUAGUUGCUUACACCUCAAAUCAGCAAAUCAGAAAACAAAACCACAGAAGGGAGGAGCUGAGGAGAUAGACCUUUAAAAAAAGACAUUUAUAGAAACCUUGCAUCCAAGUGUAAACCAAAAUCUGAAUAUAACUUACAGAAACAUCCAGUGUUUUACAGUUACUUACCUACAUUUUGUCUUUGGUAUCUUCAUAAAAACAGCUUUAGGACCCUUCUGAACAAUACAUAUAUUUAAUUGUAGUCUACACACAACAAUGCCUAUAAUGUCAUCAAUAGCUGAAAACAUGUCAUACUUGUCCAGCAGGUCGGGGAGCCUUGUAGGAAUUCCGAAGUAAUUUGCUCACAGGCAGGGGAACGGUGAAAGUGGACACAAAGAGACACAAACAGACAAAAAAAAAAGUAACUCCCAUGUAAAAAAUGUAUCAGAACAGGAUACAUCCCUGUAUCUGAUGCUUCAGUGUGCAAUUAUUCCAGGCUAAUAUUUUACAUGAUGUUUUAAGCCAGCUAGGAAUUUUGUAUUUUAAGAUGUUUACACUUGUUUUGUUAAAAAGAGAAAUAUAUCAAACAGUUUUCGGUACUCGCAGGAGGCCAGUGUUGAGAUAAACUAUUGGUUUUGAGAUGUUGUAAAAUAAGUACAAUUUAAUGUUUGUAUUUUUUAAUGUGCUUAAAAAAUCUUCAGGUUUAAAUUUCUCAGGAUAAAACUGGAUUUUUUUAAAAACUCAAAA